GUAGCCUUUUGUUUGUUUCUUUCUCUCUCGCUUUGUUUUUGUAAAGAAAUAUGCUUCCACGUUCUUUAUUUUCCGCGUCAACAUUAAAGAUUGAAAAUAAUGAAGGAGGAUCAGAAAGCUUGUUUUCUCCUAGAAGUAGCAAUAGUGCAUAUAGUGUAGAUCACGGCCAACGUGAGACACCUAGUAACCUGAGAUCUAGUGUACACCAGCUGAGUAGUGACAGUAGUGAAGACGAAGAAGAAGGAUCUAUUAUCAGGAGAGAAAACAAUAUGAUAAAAAUACCUGAUGUGAUUGCACAGCUCAAGAGAAAGCUUGAUAAAGAAAUGUUGAAGCAACACAAGUAUCAACGAAAGCUUAGUUCAUCCAGCUUGUCUAUCAAGGAAAUCUCUGAACAAAUAGCUUACUAUGCAAGCUUACUUUCAGAUGUACCGCCAUCCUUUUCUAAAGCGGCAGAUCCCGCGUCUGUCAUAUCAUCGAGACCACAGAUGGGGAAGCGAUCUGCACCUUUGCCACCCAUAAACAGUCAGAAUGAACCUGUAAAGCGAUCCAGGAUGGAAGCGACAAAGGCCAUUGAACAGGUGCAGCCUCAGCUAAGUAGAGAUCCAAGAGAACUAGAGGUUCAAUGGGCUUCAAAGAGGUCAAUGGAUGUAUAUGCAGUACGAGGAAGAUGGAGUCGUAUAGAGUUUACAAAGAAACCACGCUCUUUGUUGUACAAUAUUUGCCCUGAUGAUCCGAAUAAACAGAUGGCCAAUUUGAUGAUUGCCACUUCUUUGGAAGGUGAAGUACAGUUUUGGAAUGCUGGCGAAAGAAGAAAAAUCAAACAGAUAGGUAAAGAUCAUUUGUAUGAUACAUGGAUAGAAGACAUGUGCUGGGUGAAUCCAAAGGCAUUGGCCAUAGCUCCAUCUCUUCCCACGAGACACAGAGAGUCUGGAGCAGAGCUAUCAAAAGAACCCAUAAAGAUGAUUGAAAUAUUAGAUGCUACAUAUAAUGAUGUGAAGGGCAAAGUACAUGUGUUGGCUGAAUCGCCUCAUGAAAACGGAGUCAAUAUGAUGGGUUCUGUGAUUAGACCAAAUAAUAAUGACAAUCGUUAUCAAUUUGUUACAGGAGGCUUAGAUAAAACUGCUUAUCUGUGGACUGUUAAAAAAGAUGUGGGAGAUCCUUCUUUUACUGUUGAAUCAAUGGAUAGAAUGCCAAUUAUGCACACAUCAGCUUUGACCGCAUCUUGUUAUAGUUCAUUCAAUGAUUUGAUGGUUAUAGGCGGUGCAGACGAGAGAUUAUCUAUCAUUGAUUUGAGUAGAAAUUCGGUCAACAGAACGACUCGCCAUCCAGGAAAAAUCUCUCAGCUCUUACAGAGCAGCUUGAACCCAAACAUUGUGCUCAUAACUCGUUCGAUUUAUAACGAUCAAUUCCAAAUAUAUGACUUACGAGAACCAGAGCAUCAGGCGAUCAAGUUAAAGUUCGGACAGUCUGAAAAAGAAAACUUUUCAAGAUAUGUAAAGGCAGAUAUGCACAAGAAUGGCUAUAUGGUCGCUUGUGGUGGACAAGAUAUGGCCAAGGUGAACUUUUGGGACCUAAGAUACUGUAAUGUUGGACAUGCUCCUUCGUUCUCUAUGGAUAUUCAAUCAACGCCUAGAGUCUUGGUAUCAAUGUUUGUUCCUGGACAGGAUACUGUCAUUACAGCUUCAUCUACUCGAUACAUGACUUGGUUAGAUUAUACAGUUCGCGAAAAUGAGAUUGUUAAGGAGUUUGAUUAAGAAAGAGCUCAUAUACACAUAUACCCCAUCGUUAUUUGCAGAAAUUUCAAUGUGUUUUAUACAUGA